AUGAAAGCCGUGAUCCUCGCCUGCAUGGCCGCCGUGGCCGUCGCCGCCCCUCAGUAUGCCUACGAGACCCCUGCCCCGACCUACCUCGUCCCCGCCGCCUCUAGUCGCGAUGAGUCCGCUGAGGUGAUCGAAUUCAUUCCUAUCCUGAGGGACGAUCGCGUCCACGAGGACGACGGAAGGUACAACCUGGACGUGGAGACUGCCAACGGAAUCUCCAUGUCCCAGUCCGGCUCUCCUGACGGUCCCGACGGCGCCAUCGUCAAGGCAGGCCAAUACUCUUACACCGCACCUGACGGUUCUCUGAUCGAGAUCAAGUUCGUGGCCAACGAAAACGGGUUCCAGCCCCAGGGCGCCCAUCUGCCAGUUGCUCCCGAGUUCCCCCACCCUAUCCCUCAGUUCGUCCUGGACCAGAUCGCCUUCGCCGCCGAGGAAGACGCCGCCCGUGAACGUGCUGAGGCUCAGGCUUCCGCCCCCGCGCCCACCAGGCUAAAGUUCAACUGCCAUGUCUAUAUUUCUUACUUUUAUCUCAUUGCUAUUAGAGUCAAUGGCCAUGCCUCUUGUGACCAAUCGAAUUAUGACUCCUGUGCUUCUAUACUACCCACUGAGUGCAAGGAGUGGCCGAAGCUACCGAGAAUUAAACGCAGGACAGCAAGAUUGCAAGAAGAGAAUGCUAUCACUGCACCACACACAUCAGUCGCAAACUAA